CCCUAAAGGAGGGGCUUCUCUUCCUAAAACGAGGGUGGGGGACACAAUGAGGAGGUAGGUGGGGUGAUCGAGAGUUGACUGCCCUGCCCUCUGGUUCUUCCAUUGAAGUUAUUUCCAGCCCAAGCCUGUUGUGAGCAGCAUGGGGGAGCGGUCUGAGGCUCCCUAUGAAGAACCCGAAGAAGUAAAAAGAGAAAAGAGCCCAGAAGACCACCAUUGGCACUCUGGAAGCUACACCCUUGGGGCCAUUUCCAGCUUCCUGUCUACAUUCGUGACCUUUCCCGUCUACAAGGUUGUGUUCCGCCAGCAGAUCCAUGCCCUGUCUGUACCAGAGGCUGUCAAUCAACUGCACCAUGAGGGCCUUCGCCGCUUCUACCGGGGAAUCUACCCUCCCCUUCUGGCCAAGACCCUGCAGGGGACCCUGCUCUUCGGCACCCAUGACAACCUGCUCCAAGCUCUCUCUCCUACUGGCACCUCUAGGUUAUGGCAGCGCUGGGUUGCUGGGUUCCUGUCAGGAGCAGUGGAAGCUGUGGUGUUGACCCCCUUUGAACGAGUUCAGAACGUGCUUCAGGAUGGACGGAAGGAUGCCCGAUUCCCCAGCACCUCCAGCAUUCUACGGGAAUUCAACUCCUACGGCUUAUGGGAACGGCUGGCCAUGGGCUACUAUCGGGGCUUCUUUCCCGUCCUCCUGAGAAACAGUCUGGGAAGCGCUCUCUACUUCUCUUUCAAAGAUCCCAUCCGAGACGGCCUGACAGAACAAGGUUUGCCCUGCUGGCUCCCAGCUCUAGUGUCUGGUAGUGUCAACGGGACCCUCACAUGUCUCCUGCUUUACCCACUCAGUGUCCUCGUUGCCAACAUGCAGUCACAGGUAGGUUGGCAGGAAGCACCAGGCCUGUGGGCUUCCGCUCAGGCUGUUUGGGAGGACAGGGGCCGAAAGCUGCUUCUGAUCUACCGAGGCGGCUCUUUGGUCACCCUCCGUUGCUGUGUCACCUGGGGACUCACCACUGCUAUCCAUGAUUUCUUGCAGGAAAACAACUGCCCCAGGGCGGAGGAGAGUGACUGAGUAGCCCAGAGGCAUCCCAGAGGGUGUUAGGACUGUGUUCUUACAGCCUGGGUCUACAAUGGGCCGAUAACUCACCUCUGGGUCUGUUUGCUUCUUCUGGGCCUAGAGAACCAAGGGCAGUUAUUCAGUUAGGAACUGAGAGAAGUUCCCAGCAAUUAGAUUGUCAGAUUAUUUUAUCAUAUGGUAUUAGCUUCAAUAUGUCACUUCAGUCAUCACUGUGGCUGCUUUCCCCUGGACUCAGUAGAUGGUCUUUAAGAUUUACUCUAGCCAAAACAAUCAAUCACACUGCUGCCAACCCGGCGAUGGGCCUCUCGCCACGUAGCUAGAAUGGUUCUUCAGCGCCAGAUUUCAAGUCUAUCACCAGGCCCCAGCGCCAGAUUUCAAGUCUAUCACCAGACCCCAGCUUGGUAGGUUGUAGGAAGAACCUUCAAGAAUCCAGGCCCAUUGCCACGAGUGGAGGACUCCAGGGAAGAUGGAACUAACAUCCAUGUCAUCUUUCUGCUAUCAACGAAGCUUCUCACCCCAUUCUAUCCACUGCUUCAGUUUCCUUAUGCUGACACUGCCCUUGGCUUCUGGCCAACUUUCAGGGGCUGCUGGAAAGAAGAUUGUGCCCUGAGGUCUCAAGGAUUUUCAAGAAAGCAAUUAGGAAGAAUGAAAGAAUGUGAGCUUUCUCUCUACUUGUGGCAAGUCCAGCUGAGGGGCUAGGGGAGCAAGAUCCUCGGUUUGAAAAGACCACCCUUGACAAUAGAAGAAUCACUAUGGUAACUCUAGGAGGCGAACAGAGCAACUCAAAUCGACAAGCAUGUUUUGGGUAGCAGGCAUUGAGCUAAGUGCUAAGAAUACAAAGAAAAGAAGAAAAAAAUAGUCUCUUGACCUGAAGAAGCUUACCUGGGG